GAAAAAGCAGCAUCUCUUACACCUCCUCAGUCCUCAGUUCUCGCUUUGCCUAUUUAUAUAAAGCAAUUUGCUACUACUUUGGGCUGCUUACACAACUUCCCUGUCCACAACAAUGGCUUCAGAGAAGGUUGAAACUGUAAUUGCAGGGAAUUAUGUAGAAAUGGAAAGGGAUGAACAGGGCAAUUCUAGCUCUGCUAAGAGCAAAUUUUCCAAGCUGCUUUGGCAUGGUGGUUCUGUCUAUGAUGCAUGGUUCAGCUGUUCUUCUAACCAGGUUGCACAAGUGCUGCUUACUCUGCCAUACUCAUUUUCCCAACUGGGAAUGUUAUCUGGGAUUAUAUUCCAGCUUUUCUAUGGCUUGAUGGGAAGCUGGACUGCUUAUCUCAUUUGUGUUCUAUACAUUGAGUAUAGGACUAGAAAAGAGAGGGAAAAAGUCGAUUUUCGAAACCAUGUAAUCCAGUGGUUUGAAGUUCUUGAUGGUCUACUGGGAAAGCACUGGAGAAAUAUUGGCCUAUUUUUCAAUUGCACAUUUCUACUAUUUGGAUCUGUAAUCCAGCUAAUUGCUUGUGCCAGCAAUAUCUACUACAUCAAUGAUAAUCUUGACAAAAGAACUUGGACCUACAUCUUUGGAGCCUGUUGUGCCACAACAGUGUUCAUUCCUUCAUUCCACAACUACAGAAUUUGGUCAUUUUUAGGCCUUCUCAUGACAACUUACACAGCAUGGUAUCUCACCAUUGCUUCUUUUAUCCAUGGACAGGUUGAAGGAGUGAAGCAUUCAGGGCCAACCAAAAUGGUUCUCUACUUUACUGGAGCGACAAACAUUCUUUACACCUUUGGGGGCCAUGCUGUAACAGUAGAGAUAAUGCAUGCAAUGUGGAAGCCACAGAAGUUCAAGCUUAUAUAUUUGGGGGCAACAAUAUAUGUUCUAACCUUGACAUUACCAUCAGCAAGUGCUGUGUAUUGGGCUUUUGGAGACAUGCUUCUUAACCAUUCCAAUGCCCUGUCUUUGCUUCCUAGAACUGGGUUCAGAGACACUGCAGUUGUGCUCAUGCUCAUUCAUCAGUUUAUCACAUUUGGAUUUGCAUGCACACCCCUGUACUUUGUUUGGGAGAAAUUUAUAGGAAUACAUGAAACGAAAAGCUUGUUCAAGAGAGCACUUGCAAGACUGCCUGUGGUUAUUCCAAUAUGGUUUUUGGCCAUUAUUUUUCCUUUCUUUGGUCCAAUCAAUUCCACAGUUGGAUCUCUUCUAGUCAGCUUUACAGUCUACAUAAUUCCUGCUUUAGCCCAUAUGGUCACUUUCGCUUCAGCAUCAGCCAGAGAGAAUGCUGUGGAAAGACCACCAAAGUUCCUUGGAGGAUGGGCUGGCUUGUAUUCAAUGAAUAUUUUUGUGGUGGUAUGGGUUUUUGUUGUAGGUUUUGGCUUUGGAGGGUGGGCAAGCAUGCUAAAUUUCGUACGCCAAAUCGAUACCUUUGGCCUUUUCACAAAAUGCUACCAGUGCCCUCCAAGAAAAGCAUGAUCAGAUAUGUUACUUUUCAAAAAACAUAAAGAAUCAAGGCAAGGAAUCUAGAUAAACAUGUGUUGAUCAAGUGUGUAAAUUGAUUGGCUUUGGAACAUUUUUUGUUUUUUUUUUAUUACUUUCUUAUUUUAAUUUUGGGGAAAAGCUGGUUAACUUGUGUGAUUGUUGUAUUAAAAGUGUGACUCGACUCCUGCUAUAUUUAAGGGAUUUUAUGCAAUAGUGUUCAUUUAA